AUGAAGGAAGCACUAAUGAACCAUGGAUUCAAGUUCCUUACCAUCGAAGAAUUGGGACAGAGGAAUCCCGUCUUUGAAUCCAAGAGUAAAGGUUCACGAGAUCCAGAGAUUGGUCUAAUUAAUUCCAAAAUUCCACCAGCGCCAGUAGGAAACGCGUAUGCGCCGCCGAAAAUCGUUCUCGGGAAGAAAGAAAGGAGAUGCCAUCCUCAAUGGCAACCUUUCGAUAAUCGAGUAAUGGUUGAUGAUGUCUCAUUCUCAAAACGUGCUGUGCUGAGAGCGACCGAGAUAGCGUUUGACGGAGACAAAUUAGUGCGAUAUCCAAGUGCACUGCUUGCUGCAUUCAGAGAAACAAGCGUUAGAGAUCGCCCGGUCAUCAGUUUCGAAAAGUACAGCAACUGCGGCGAUACUGACGAGAAGAAGGUAGGAGGCUGCACAAGAGCUUUGAAAUGA